UAUGGUUUGAUGGAUCAAAUUAUGCAAUUUCCUGGCAAGAAGAGUCAAUGAAACUCUCCUCUCUUCAAACUGACACAUUCGGGUCCUCCCCGCGUGCAGUUUCAAACCCUCUUGUGCUAAACCCGUGAGUGGCACCACCUUAUAAACAAGACAAGACAUUUUUCCUAUCAUAGCUUAAACCAGGAAAUCUAGAUAGAAUCAGCAAGAUGAGGAAAACCCCCUUAAAGCCUGUUAUCUCCUUCUUGCUCUUUCUUUGUUUGAAGAUUUUGUUCAUGGAAACGGGAGUGGCACAAAACACAACUUCUAUCCCAGUGAAUGUAGGUGUGGUUCUAGACUUGGAAUAUUUUGAUGUCAAUAUUGCUUUGAGCUGCAUCAACAUGGCCCUUUCAGACUUCUAUGCCACUCGUGGUGACUACAAAACCAGACUGGUCCUCGCCAUCAGGGACUCCAAGAAAGAUGUUGUUGGUGCAGCUGCUGCAGCCCUCGACUUGAUAAAAAAUGUGGAAGUGCAAGCAAUCUUAGGGCCAUCAACAUCAAUGCAAGCCAAUUUUGUUAUUGACCUUGGAGAAAAAGCUCAGGUGCCCAUAAUGUCGUUUUCUGCAACAAGUCCUUUUCUUACUUCCAUUAAGAGUACCUAUUUUUUUCGAGCUACACAUAGCGACUCAGCUCAAGUGAACGCCAUAAGUGCAUUAUUUCAAGCCUUUGGAUGGAUAGAAGCAGUACCCAUCUACAUUGAAAAUGAAUAUGGAGAGGGAAUUAUACCUUAUUUAAUUGAUUCUCUGCAAGCAGUUGAUGUUCGUGUCCCCUACCGGAGCGUCAUUUCUCCAUCAGCCACUGAUGAUCAAAUUAUCGAGGAGCUCUAUAAGUUGAUGACAAUGCAAACUAGAGUUUUCAUUGUGCACAUGUAUGGCUAUCUAGGCACUCGGCUUUUUGCCAAAGCUAAAGAGAUUGGAAUGAUGAGUGAAGGCUAUGUUUGGAUCAUGACUGAUGGUCUGACUACUGAUUUCUUGAGUUCACCAAGUCCUUCCGUCACUGAUACAAUACAAGGGGUACUGGGUAUUAAACCUUACGUUCCAAGAACAAAAGAGCUUGAAAAUUUUCGAGUUCGGUGGAAAAGGAAAUUCUUGCAAGAUAAUCCAAAUAACAUUGACGCUGAGUUGAGCAUUUAUGGACUAUGGGCCUAUGAUGCUACGAAAGCAUUGGCAGGGGCAGUAGAGAAAGCUGGAGCUACAAAUUUUGGCUUUCAGAAGGCAAAUGUUUCUAGCAGCUCAUCAACGGAUCUCGCAACUCUUGGCGUCUCCUUAAAUGGUCCAAACCUUCUUCAAGCUUUAUCAAACACUAGUUUCAAAGGCCUUACAGGAGAUUACCAUUUUGUUGAUGGGCAGUUGCAAUCUCCAGCUUUCCAGAUAGUUAAUGUGAAUGGAAAUGGAGGAAGAGAGGUUGGGCUUUGGACACCAACACAAGGACUCGUGAAACAAUUGGAACCUACAAAUUCAACUUCUAUGUCCGGCAUUUCAACUGCAAUUUUUCCUGGGGAUGCAACUGUCGCUCCCAAGGGUUGGGAGAUUCCCACAAAUGAGAAGAAGUUGAAAAUAGGAGUGCCAGUGAUCAAGGAUGGCUUCGUUGAGUUUGUGGCUGUGACAAAGGAUCCUAGUUCCAACACCACAAAAGUCACCGGAUACUGCAUAGAUGUUUUUGAUGCAGUAGUGAAAGCAUUGCCUUAUGCUUUGCCUUAUGAGUACAUUCCCCAUGCCAUGCCUGCUGGAACUUACGAUGAUCUGGCCUAUCAAGUGUAUUUAAAGAAUUAUGAUGCUGUGGUUGGAGACGUGUCCAUUGUCUUCAACAGGUCCUUGUACAUAGAUUACACCUUGCCUUUCACAGAAAGUGGUGUCUCCAUGAUUGUUCCUAUAGCAGACAACAAUAGUAAAAAUGCAUGGGUCUUCAUGAAACCUUUGACAUGGGACCUUUGGGUGAGCAGUUUUUUUUUCUUUCUUUUCAUUGGAUUUGUUGUCUGGGUUCUUGAGCACAGAAUAAAUGAAGAUUUUCGAGGGUCUGCUUCAGAUCAAGCAGGAACUAGCUUCUGGUUUUCCUUCUCAACAAUGGUUUUUGCACAGCGGGAGAAAUUGGUUAGCAACUUGGCUCGGGCAGUGGUAAUUAUAUGGUUUUUUGUUGUGUUGGUCCUCACACAGAGCUACACCGCCAGUUUAACGAGCUUACUUACAGUCCAGCAGCUGCAGCCUACAGUUACUGAUGUACAUGAUCUCAUUAUGAAGGGGGGGUAUGUGGGCUACCUGAAGGGUUCUUUUGUUCGAGAAAUCCUGUUAGGCUUGGGUUUCGACGAGUCCAAGCUCAUGAUGUAUAAUUCUCCAGAAGAAUGCCACGAACUCUUUUCCAAAGGAAGUGGAAAUGGUGGUAUUGCUGCUGCUUUCGACGAAGUGCCAUAUAUGAAACUCUUUCUGUCAAAAUAUUGCACGAAAUAUACCAUGAUUGAUCCUACAUUCAAAACCGGCGGUUUUGGCUUUGUCUUCCCUAAAGGUUCUCCUCUAGUGCCUGAUAUAUCAAGGGCAAUUUUAAAUGUGACAGAGGGGGAUAAAAUGAAGCAAAUAGAGGAUGCAUGGUUUGGCAAAAAAGGCAGCUGUCCAGAUUCCAGCACCUCAGUUUCAUCUAAUAUCCUUAGUCUCAAGAGUUUCUGGGGAUUAUUCUUAAUUGCCGGACUAGCUGCAUUUUUAGCUCUCAUUAUCUUCAUUGCCAUGUUUGUUUACCGAGAAAGAAGAGACUUGAGGCCCUCUGAUCCCACAGCUUCAAUAUGGGAUAGAACUAAAAAUUUCUUCAGAAUCUUCAUUCAAAGGGACUCGACGUCCCAAACAUCCAGACAAAUGGAACUGACUGAUAGAAAUGGAAUCAGUCUGCCUUCUAUGGGCGUGCCAAGUCCGUCAGCCUUCUCAGUUCACACACAAUUUCCUGAAGAUCCUUCUUCUACAGAUUAUGAUUCUAGUCCAAAUAGGCAAGCACCUCAAGAGGCAGUAAUAAAUAUUGAUCAGCUUACCAACCAAAAUCAAGAGAGACCAACAGCUUUGGAAAUUGACCAUGAAAAUAAUUGACUUGUACAUUAUCAUUUGACAAUUAGAACCCCAGUAGCCAUUAGUAAAGACAUUGAAUUACUGUAUUGCGGAUACAUAGAAGUAAUACGAUUUUAUAAGGAUGUAAGUAGGAAUAAACUGAGUUUCAGGAUUUUAGUAAAUUAUCACAAGUAUAUCUCUUGCCCUU